UGCGCGCUGGAGGCCAGCACCGCCAUGCCGGAACCGCGCGGGUCGUCUUCUCCUCUGCGGGUGAACGCGGCUUUCGCCGCCCGCUACGGCCGCUACCGGGAGCGCGAGGAGCUGCAGCGGCUGAAGGAUCGCUACGGGGACCGGGACAGCGGCGGCUCCGGCUCCGACUCCAGCGACGAGCUCGCGGCCUUUGACCCCCAGCAGGAGCGGGACUUUUAUAGGACGCUGUCGUUGUUGAAGAAGAAAGACCCUCGCAUUUAUCAGAAAGAUGUCACCUUCUAUCAGAGACCAGCAUCAUCUUCAUCCUCCGAGAGUGAGGAGGACCCAGGGGCGUCUGAGAAGCAGAAGAAAGCAAAGCCCAUGUACUUGAAAGACUAUGAGAGGAAGGUCAUCUUGGAGAAGGAAGGCAAAUACGUUGAUGAGGAGAACUCUGAUGGGGAACCCUCCGACCAGAGACUCAAGCAGAACUUGUCAGAGACUUAUGUGGAAGAACAGAAGCAGCUCAAGGAAAGUUUCCGGGCAUUCAUAGAGGACAGCGAAGAUGAGGACAGCGCUGGGGACAGUGGCUCUGGGUUACUGAAAAAACACACUAAAACCAAGGAGGAAAAGGCCCAAGAAGAGGCUGAUUAUGUUGAGUGGCUGAAGGGACAAAAGGAGAUUCAGAACCCUGAGUCCAUGAAGGAAUUGGAACACCUCAAGGAAUACUGGAACAACCCAGAGCUGGAUGAGGGAGAGCAAUUCCUUCGGGAUUACAUCCUCAACAAGCGCUAUGAGGAGGAGGGAGAGGAGGAUGAGGAGGAAGAGGAGGAAGAGGAAGAGGCCCCCGGCCCCCCAGUCCAGCUGGCUGUGGACGACUCCUCGGACGAGGGCGAGCUCUUCCUGAAGAAGCAGGAAGACUUUGAGCAUAAGUACAACUUCCGCUUCGAGGAGCCGGAUUCGGUCUCGGUCAAGACAUUUCCACGGAACAUAGCUUCCUCGGUGCGCCGCAAAGACGAACGCAGGAAGGAGAAGAGAGAGGAGACGAGGGAGCGAAAGAAGAGGGAGAAAGCCAGAAAGCAGGAGGAGCUGAAGCAGCUGAAGAACCUGAAGAGGAAGGAGAUUCUAGCCAAACUGGAGAAACUGAGGCAGGUGACAGGCAACGACAGGCUGGGUCUGGAAGAGCGGGACCUAGAGGAUGACUUCGACCCCGGCCGACAUGAGCAGCUCAUGCAGAAAUGCUUCGGAGACGAGUUCUACGGCGCAGCGGAGGAGGAGAAGCCGCAGUUCGAGGAAGAAGAAGGGUUUGAAGAUGACUGGAACUGGGACACGUGGGCCGGGGCUGGGAGCAAGGAGGAGCCACACUGCGAGGACCCUGACUUCAACAUGGAUGCGGACUACGACCCCCACCAGCCCCGCAAGAAGAAGCGGGAAGCCCCCGCCACGGGCAAGAAGAAACGCAAGACGCCCUUCGCAGCGGCCGUGGGGCAGGAGAAGCCGGUGUUCGACCCCGGGGAGAGCACCUUUGAGCAGUACCUAGACGAGUACUACCGCCUGGACUACGAGGACAUCAUCGAUGACCUGCCCUGCCGCUUCAAGUACCGCUCCGUCAUCCCCUGCGACUUCGGGCUCAGCACCGAGGAGAUCCUGGCCGCUGACGACAAGGAACUGAACCGCUGGUGCUCGCUCAAGAAGACCUGCAUGUACAGGUCGGAACAUGAGGAACUCCAGGACAAGCGAGCAUACAGCCAGAAAGCCCAGAACUCCUGGAAGAAGAGGCAGAUCUUCAAAUCCCUCUGCCCAGAGGAGCCGGAGCCCCCCGCGGACGGCACGGGAACGCCACAGAGGGACACGGCCUCAGUUCCCGACGGCGCGGGGAGGAAGCGGCCGCGCCCUGCGAGCCCCCCGGGACAGGAAGCGGAGGCCCCGGGGUCCCCGGGCACGAAGCCCGCGCCCCAGGGGCGGCGGCGCGGCAGGAAGGCGCGGCUGCUGGGCCCCACGGUGACCCUGGGCGGCCGCGAGUUCAGCCGCCAGAGGCUGCAGGCCUUCGGGCUGAACCCCAAACGCCUGCACUUCCAGCAGCUGGGGCGGCGCGGGAGGCGGCCGCGGGGACCCCGGGGGCACCCCUGAGCUGCGGG